AUGGGGUAUUAUGAUAUUGAUGAUGUAUUGACGGAUAGUGCAGAAAUUCCUUGUACCUUCAACCAUACAAUUCCAGGACUUGGAUUUUUGCAAGGUAACCCAGGUAAAUCAAUCAAUAAAAAUACACGGGUUACACUACCACUAUGGAUGUCCAGAAUGCUGGCCAUGGUAGGUGGAGAAGAAGACGGAGAAGAUAUUCCAUUUGUUGAAUUGAACACCCCAACUGUGUUUUCCCAAAAAGUGAUAAAUGCCAUUAGGGCAUCACCAACCUCGUUAGAUAUACAUUCUUUGUAUGGUCAUUACUACGAUAUGGCCAUUAAAUGGAUUGGAUUAUUUGAAGAUGAGAAAUUUGCAGAAAUAUGUUCUGAAUUACUUCUACAGAGGUCCAUUGAAAUAAAUGCUCAUGCAAAUAGUGUGAUGUUAAAUAUUCAUAGUAAUCAUCGUCCAUCUAACCUAAAAUACUCUGGGAGCAAUAAAGGACCCACGACUAUUCAGCAAGUGACUCCAUUUUUAUUUGACAUUAGACGAAUUUGA